AUGGGGUGCCGCGACGGAUAUAGGUCGGACUUGAACAAAAAUGGAAGAGAGGGCUGUUCAAGUCCUGAAAAGUUCACUGCUAAUAGCCCUUAUGAAUCAAACUUGAACAAGCUUAUGCGCUAUCUCUACCUCAAAACCCCUCCAAUAGGGUUUGGUGUUGGCUUAGUGGGACAAUACCAUGACAUAGCCAACAGCCUCUCUCUCUGUCACGGUGAUGUCAACUCCAAAGACUGCGCUGCCUGCGUUGUUGAAGCCAGUGGCGAGAUUCGCAAACGCUGCCCAUAUAACAAAGGAUCGGUCAUAUGGUAUGACAACUGUCUCGUAAAAUACUCAAACACCGAUGUUUUCAGCAAAAUUGAUAUUGGAAACAAGUUCUACUUGUGGAACGAGAGAAAUGUGAGCAACCCUUUGUCAUUCAACCAAAAAACCAAAAAUUUGUUGAGGCAGCUAUCUCAACAAGCUUAUGUUGCACCAAAAAUGUACGCUACUGGAGAGUUGAAGCUCAGAUAUUCAGAGAAACUCUAUGGGUUGGUUCAAUGCACUAGAGAUCUUUCUAGUGUUGAUUGUAAGAAGUGUCUUGAUAGAAUUAUAAGUGAGCUUCCAAGUUGUUGUGAUGGGCAAGAAGGUGGGAGAGUUGUUGGAGGGAGUUGUAACUUCAGAUAUGAGAUUUAUCCAUUUGUGAAUGUUUAGAGCAUA